UCCGUUCGUUCAAACGCUGUGACCUGGCAGGUCCACCCUAACACUGAUAUUCGUAGGCAUAACGAGGUUUGAUGGGAAAUGUGGCCAGGUUGGGGGGGAAAUAUGUCGCUAUACUACAUCUGCACACAGUGCACUUACGGGGGAAAAUUGUUUGCACCCACAUGUGUAACAAUGGAUAACGAUAUCGCUGUUUAUUUGGGAUUUGAAGUUGCAGCAGCCUCUCGGAAGAAAUUAUUUCGACCACAUGGCAGUGCAGAAGAUUCUGAGAGAUGUGGGCGACCUACAUCUCGCGAAGUGCGGCUAUAUAAACAAUCGCUACUGCGAAGCUACUAGCAGCGUGAAGUUCAAAUCAGGCUGCCAUUACGCCAUUAUUAUAAUGGUUGCGAGCCAUCUUUUAUGCAGAUGUUUUUCGCCUGCCGAUAUCCUUGUGAACUGUUUCGUGAAAAAUGCAGUGCUUUUGAAACUGAUGCCAAGUGCUGCCAUGUAUCCGUUCAUGUCGAAAUUAUUUAAAAAGGAACGAUAUAUUUUAUGUACAUCAUUUAACCGAACUGGCCAUAUAGCUGUCUCCCGACGGUUUCAAGGCAGUGGUGUCCGCUCGUUCUAAGUAGUUUUCUUAUUGCGCUUUUCGUGUUAUACGUGGAAGUUUUCACGUUGUCCGGGUCUCCUACCCAAGCCGCCAUUCUGGAAAGCAGAGUUGAAUGAAAUCAUGCUAUUUUUGGCCUUCAGGUUUGCUAUCUUUCGAACCUCUAAACUGUCCACUAAUAUAGUGUGGUCAUUUCCUCAGGCCCUGUUGCGACUCGCCGGUCUGCUGCACCGCCGGCGACUGGCACUGCUCGCCGCUUCGACACUUCUGCUGCUGGGAUUCGUGACAAAGCCAGGGUUGAAAACCGGACUCAGGUCGUUGUCGUUGCCUGGAGGUAAAAUGUUGCGGUGUUUUACGGAGGAGCACAGCGGCGUGUGCUUCGUGAAAACGCACAAGUGCGCGAGCUCGUCGGUGCAGAACAUGCUGAUGCGGUACGGCGAGAGCCAUGGCCUGCGCUUCGUGCUUCCAAAGACCAAGAACUACCUGGGUCACCCACGCCUCUUCAACCGUUCGAUGGCGCCAGGCAGGCCACCGUUCGACAUGCUGGUACACCACGCGAGAUUUCACGAGGCGGAGAUGCGCGCCGUGCUGAGACGGCGGCCGCACUUUGUCACCAUCGUACGUGAACCGGCCACGCUGUUCGAGUCUCUGUACUCCUACUAUGGCCUAAAGAGAAAAACCAACAUGAGCCUCAGGCAAUUUGCUACCGCUGCCUUAGUGGACCGGUCAGUGAUGGGCCUGCUGGCGCGAACCCGCACUCGGAGCAAGCUAGGCUUCAACCAGAUGAGCUUCGACCUGGGAUUGGAGCCGGCGCAGUUCGGCAAUACUUCCGCAGUUCGUCGCUUCAUUAAGGAGCUUGACGCAACGUUUGACCUGGUCAUGGUGGCCGAGCGCAUGAACGAGUCCCUGGUGCUGCUCAAGGACCUGUUCUGCUGGGAUACAGACGACGUUGUCGUCUUCAAGCUGAACGCCCGGCAGAGUGCAUUCCGGAGUCCCUUAAGUCCCCAGCUGGCGUCCCAGGUACGCUCGCUGAAUGCAGCUGAUGUGCAGUUGUACGAGCACUUCGCUCGCCGGUUCGAUCUACGGGUGCGCCAGUUUGGCCAGAAGCGAAUGGCCAAGGAACUACAUAUGCUUCAGGAGCGCACGCGCUAUUGGUACGAACGUUGUGUGAAGUACGCAACGCCACCGGACAAAAGCAGGCCAACUGCUGAGCAGACGUUCUGGAUCAACCCUAAGGUGCUCGUGUUCCGUGCCAAGAACGAGAGCUCAGAGGAAUGCGUCCGCAUGACGCUGCCCGAGCUAGUCUACACAGAGCGACUGCGGCAGAAGCAGUUCGGGAACACAGUGGCACGUCGCUGAUGACCGCGCUCGUUCACCUCUGCUGGGGCCGCUGAUACCUUCGGUGCCCUCACGAGACGGUGCUGACCGCAAGUGUUCCACAGCAGCAGACCGAACACACUGUGUCGGAAAGAUGAAGCUGUGAAGUGUAGCUCCAGUCAUCAAAACGGCCCGCUUUCUUGCUAAAUAUUACCAGCUGACAUCAUUUGGUAACACCAUAAUGAGAACACUUCGUCCGUGGCAUG